AUGCAAGGAAUUCCAGCCGAUGUCUUAGCUGCUCACUACGAAGAAGAAGAGGAAGAGCCUCCAGCCAAAGUUGCAAAAAUCGAAAUUCCUUCUGCCCUUCUCGGUGGUGCUGUUCUGAGACCAUAUGGAAUGNCAUACCCUUGUCAACAAGUGCNUGGUCCUGUGCAACCAAUGUACUAUCCCGGUCCACCUAUGCNUCCUCAUGGGAUGACUUCAUCGUCACCUACAAUGUCGGUUCCUCAACCUCUGUUCUCUGUUGUGAAUAGCAGCAUUCCUUCUCAAGUUUCACCGUUUUCUGCUCCUCUGCCUGUUGGUGGGGCUCAGCAACCGUCUCCUCUGGAUGCAUUAGGAUCAGUAAACCCAUAUCUGCCUAACAACUCUAUUCCAGUUGGUGGGUCUAAUUCUCAUUCGUAUUUUGAGAAAUUUAGACUGGUUGGCUUGAACGAGGCUGAAGACUCAAUGGAGUGGUGGAUCCAAAAGGCUAUCAACUAA